AUGGACGGCGAGUUCCAGCGAUACAACAAUGUUGUGCACAAUGAUCUUGACGUCUUCAUGACAACUGAACACAACCACCUAUUCCAGAACAACCAUGAUGAUGAGAUGUAUGGUCUGCUUGGAGGCACUGCCAAUGCGGGAAAGAUUGAUAAUGCCAGCGAUGUUGCUGCAGACAAAGGAAACAACGAUGGAGAGACCCAUAGUGAGCAAACGAUGGAGACAAGGCGCGCCAAUUAUCACCGUCUCCGCAGAGAACAAAUCCAACAACUUGAAGCUGUCUUCCGGGAAUCCCCUUAUCCAGAUGAGAAAAUCCAGAAGACUCUCAGCAAGAGGCUUGGCAUGAGUGCCCAACAGGUCAAGUUUUGGUUCCAAAACCAUCGCAGCUCCAGUAAGGGCAAGACGCUGAGGCAGGAGACCAGCAAUCUUCAGUUAGAGAAGCAAAUGCUAAAUUCAGAAAGGCAAGCCAUAAUAUCGGCUAUGCAAAAUAGCACUUGCCUCAAAUGCAGAGGGACAAUUGUACAAACUCAGGAUACAUCAGAGCGCCAGCGCUUGUUCAUGGAGAAUCUGAAGCUCAAGGAAGAACUUCUGCUUGCCACCGAACAUCUUAAAGUGGGUCUCCACCAAAAUGGCAUGUGGCCCGUAUUGACCCACAAAUAA